AUGUCGGAGCGGUCUACGCAACCUUCACCCACAAAAGAUUGUCCAACCUGCCAAAGGCGGCGCAUCAAAUGUGACCGCGGCUUACCUGGUUGUGCAAAAUGUGCGAAGCGACAUCUAGAAUGUCCUGGUUACGGCCUCCAACUGAAAUGGGGCCAAGGUGUCGCAAGUCGCGGUAGACUGCAGGGACAAACGAUCCCAGUACACGAGGGAACCCAUAUAUCCAACUCCUUGGUUCCAAGUCGUGCAUUCGGUAUUCAUGAUACUCCCAUUGAAAUCCACAGUCCAAUCGACUUUCUACGGACUCAACCUACAUUUCCGGAAAAUUUAAUGGGAUCGCCCUUUAUCGAUCUAAGCUUAUCGGGUCCCCGGUCUCCGCACGCUUCUCGGCUACUAGCUUGGUUCAAAGAACGUGUAGCACAGAGAUUAGCAUGGAUUGAUGGGCCUCAGAAUCCUUGGAGACAAAUUAUCUUGCCUUUAGCUGAGAAUUCGGAAACGGUACUCUCCUCUGUUCUCGCGCUCGCUGCACACGACCUAGCUUCUCAGUACCCAUCGCACGAUCCUUGGUUCGUUAAGUUCCAGGAAAUCUCAAAUGCGUACCAGAAUAAAGCACUGGAACGUCUAGCUAAAGAGCUCGGCGCACUUACAUCGUCUGCAUCAACGAGCUCCAAUCCUGAUGCAUCGAUGACACUUGCAUCAGUGAUAAUCUUAUGCAAUAAUGAACUCUUAAAAGCUCAAUCUGCAGGCUGGAAAAUUCAUCUCCUCGCAGCCAGGGAACUCAUCCUCGCAAAUACCACUGCGUCAACUCUACAUGACCAACUUAUCCGCAUUCAUGAAUUUCUUCUUCAGGAAUUCUACGCUACAUCUGUCUGGACACAUCUUACCGCGGACGAUAUGAACGUCAUCAAUAAUAUCAACACCGAACCAACGAGUACUGAAGAUGCGGCGAUUACAGAUUUCAUUCGCAUAAUCCACAAAAUCACCCAAUUGGAACGAACGCACCGUCUCGCGGGGACUAUACCCCCAUUUUCUCAAAUUGAAGAAAUCCACUCGCAAAUCGAAUCAGCACGGAUAAAGAGUUUCCGAUUAAGUCAAAAAGUGAAUUUCUGGACAGAAACCGAUAGAAUUGAUUUCGAAUCUGUCAUCUGGAUGUUCUACCACGCAGAUCUAAUCUACAGUGCACAAGCAUUCCCGCAACUCCGUGACGAAGUGAUAGACACGGGUCAUUCAAGAGAUCAAAUCUUAAACCAUGUGAGACAUCUUUCGGAAACGAGGAAUGGGAUGUGGGCGCAGGAUCUUGUUUGGCCGCUUUUUAUUGCGGGAACUGAGUUAAGGGGGGGAUAG